UGUUCGAAAUUUUAUAUAUCAAUUAAAUUUUUAACUAAAAUAUCGUUGAACCAGUGACGAAAACUAUUUUUACGAAUUUUUAAAAAAAGUUUUAUAAGCUAAAACAAUUUGCCCUGAAAAUUCUCUCUAGUUCUUUCUCAUUUUGAAUUUUGGCACAGAAACGCGAGGAAUCUCUGUCGGUUCUGUGCAAAUUCCGGCAGAAGAAGGAGGAAAAGGAUGCCAGAAUCGAUGGAAGCUACACCGUCUGUACCUCCAAGCCUCGAUCUUCAAUCAGUUCGCAGCGAGCUAGAAGAGUUGCAGAGAUCGUUGGAGGAAAAUGAAGCUUAUACGCCGGAUUCAUUAGGUUCUGAGAAGUUACUGAAGGAGUGUGCUCUCCAUCUCGAGAGCAGACUACAGCAGAUUCUGUCAGAAUACUCUAAUGUCGAUAGUUUCUUGGGGAUUGAUGAUUUAGAUGCGUAUGUUGAACAUAUGAAAGAGGAACUUGUCGCGGUGGAAGCUGAAAGCAGCAAAAUCUCCAAUGAGAUCGAGGUUCUUAAGAGAACCAAUAUAGAAGAUUCUAAUAAAUUAAAGAUGGAUCUUGAAGUAUUAAAAUUGUCACUAGAUCGUUUUACAUCACAGGAUCCUGAAGAGGCAACAUUUAAUUGCAGCUCUAUGAAUGGUGAAGAUCAGAUGAACAUAGUCAACCGUGAAUGCAAUGCAUUUGAGGUUUUGGAACUUGAAGGUCAGAUUGAGCAGAACAAAAAAAUUCUAAAAUCUUUGCAAGAAGUAGAUAAGAUAUUCAAAAGUUUGGAUGUUAUUGAGCAGGUUGAGGACACAAUUGGUGGUAUGAAGGUCAUUGAUGUUGCUGAUAAUUUCAUUAGAUUAUCAUUACGUACACACAUUCCAAACUUGGAAGAUUUUUCAACCUUACAAAGACUUGAAGGUAUAAUUGAGAAAUCUGUAUUGGAUCACGAGUUGCUAAUAGAAGUUUUGGAGGGGACAAUGGAGUUAAAGAAUGCUGAGAUCUUUCCUGGUGAUGUCCACUUGCACGAUAUCAUCAAUGCUUCAAAGUCAAUCAGCAAUUCUUCAUUGGAAUGGUUUGUGAGAAAAGUACAAGAUAGGAUUGUUUUGUGUACUCUUAGGCGGUUUGUUGUGAAGAGUGCAAACAAAUCAAGUCAUUCUUUUGAGUAUUUUGAUCAAGACGAAAUGAUAAUAUGUAGUAUGAUUGGAGGGAUUGAUGCGUGUAUUAAGGUGUCUCAAGGUUGGCCAUUAGCCGAUUCUCCUCUGAAACUUAUAUCGCUCAAGAGCUCAGAUCAUUAUACAAAAGGAGUUUCUUUAAGCCUCAUUUGCAAGAAAAUGGCGAAUUCCUUGGACGCUCGUAUUUGCCGAAAUCUAUCAAGCUUUGCGGACGCUGUUGAAAAAAUAUUGAAGGAGCAAAUGCAUUUAGAACUCCAAGCUGACAGUGGUUAAGAACUUUGGUUCUUCAUCAUGCGAUUCAGAUUUCUAAAUUCUAUCUACUUGUUUCAAGUGCCCUGUAGAGUUGUUGCUGAGGAAUUUUGAUUUCUGAAAAUUUUAGCUCAAUUAUUAAUUGCUAUAUAUUUUUUCCCUUUUGUCUGUAUAGACUAAAGAUUUGUUGCUUUGUGUAUUUAUUUAUUGUUAUUGUUUUUUUU